AUGUCACUCUCCCUACGAAGCGCCGCCGCCCUCGGCCGCCACGUCCUCGCCCCCCGCCGACCGGUCACCAGAACUACCGCCGCCGCUGCCGCCUCUUCUUCUUCCUCAGCCGCCGCCGUCGCGCGCCAAUACCACACGACCCCCCGCCGGGCGCUGCCCUACAAGGACUCGCAGGACCGCGAGACGCUGCGGCCGCGCACGGCGGAGCACACGGCGACGGGCCGCGACGACGACGUGGCCGGGGCGCACCCGGACGCGGCCUUCAACCCGAGCAAGACGCGGCCCGAGACGGAGCGGCGCACCGCGGCGGCGGAGGAAGAGAAGCAGAACGGCGGCAAGGGGGGCAAGAGCGCGGUGGAGGGCUCGGCUGCGAACCAGGAGCUCAGCAAGCCGCGCGGCGAUGAGCGUUCGGACGCGGACCGGGGAGCUGGGCGGGAGGUGCGCAAGGGAGGGAGGAGCGGCGCGGGGAGUCCGCCGAAGAAGGGCGAGGUUGGCCGUGGGUGA